GGCGCCACCGCCCACGCUCAGUCAUGCUGUUGGUGGCUGGCUGGGCCCGCGCGUGACCGGCAUGAGCGCGUUCGCGGGCUAGUGACCGCGUGAGGGAUGGACUGCGGCUCCGUCGCGAACGAGAAGCCGAAGCGCCGCCGGCGGCUUCUGCUCUCCCUGGCCGCCGGCCGCGGUGGAGGCCCUGGAGGCCGCGGCGUCCCCACGUGCCGCCUCCUGCCCGGGCUCCUCGGCGGUCUGGGGGCGCUGCGCCCCCGCGCCCCGGCGGCCGGCGGUGGCGCGUCACGUGCCUCCCCGCUGCUCCUCCUCCUGCUGCUGCCCUCCCCGCGCCUGGCCGCUGCCACCCCGCGCCGGCCGUUGGCGGACUGGGAGCGCUCGCGCGCCGGGCCCUCGGCCGCCCCGGCGGGGCGCGGCGGCGCGAGGAGGUGCCAGCCAGGCCUGGCCCCGGGCGUCGCCUGUGCGGCGGGCGCGCUCCACCUGUGCCUCGGCCAGGUGGCCGCCCUCGCUUCCUCCAGGAGAGAGUUGAGCGUCUGUGCUGGGAACCUGCGUCUGGAGAGCAAAAGGAGAGAUUUCACCUCUUCUCGGAGUAGGAAGCUUUACUUUGACACCCAUGCCUUAGUGUGUUUACUCGAAGAAAAUGGGUUUACUACUCAACAAGCAGAAAUCAUUGUCUCUGCCUUAGUCAAGAUCAUGGAGGCCAACAUGGAUAUUGUCUACAAAGAUAUGGUCACCAAGAUGCAGCAGGAGAUCACUCUUCAGGAAAUAAUGUCUCAGAUUGCUAAUGUGAAAAAAGAUAUGAUUAUUUUGGAGAAGAGUGAAUUUUCAGCCCUCAGAUCAGAAAAUGAGAAAAUAAAACUUGAACUGCAUCGGUUAAAACAACAAGUAAUGGAUGAAGUGAUCAAAGUCCGAACAGAUACCAAAUUAGAUUUCAAUCUAGAAAAGAGCAGAGUGAAAGAAUUGUAUUCAUUAAACGAAAGGAAGCUGCUGGAAAUAAAAACAGAAAUUGUAUCAUUGCACGCCCAGCAAGAUCGGGCCAUCACGCAGACAGACAGGAAGAUAGAUACCGAGGUUGCUGGCCUCAAAACCAUGCUUGAGUCACACAAGCUUGAUAAUAUUAAAUAUUUAGCAGUUGACUUUAUAACUCUGAGUGGUGGUGGACGAAGCAAGGAAGACUCCACCCAGCUUUGUGUAGCAUAAAGAUUCUGAGCUCCAGACAAGUAUAAACAUCAAGUACUUUGGCGUGAGUGGUCUAAGUUUCAAAGUGAAUAAUAAUUUAAUCUUUUUUCAACUAGAUCCAAAAUUAUCUUAACUGGCUCAUAAAAUAUUUUAUAGAUAUAUUCUUCCCCUUUCAGAGAAGGAGCCCCAGAAAAUACUGUACAUUUAACAAUUGCCCUAAGUAUUAAAGAGUUAAAUAAAUGACGUCCCAUUAAGACCACCUUUGCAAUAUAACUUUGGCUAGUAGGAGCGUGAAGGAGCUUGGAGCACAGACACUCUUCCAAAAAAAAGAAUCCCCAAGGGGAAGAAGUACUGUAUGCAAUUCUGUUUCAAAGCAAAUAAUAACUUUUAUAGGUUAAAAACAGAAAGUGAAGUGACCUUAUAUCCUGACAAGCUAUUUUUUAAAUAACAUUUCAGUUGGGUGACUUUCUGUCCUCUGUCAGAAGUAUUCCAGAUGACAUUCCUACUGGUGAUGAUGGGGGCCACAUCAGUCUGUCAGUUAAUUUGGACCACUGAUUUUGCUGCAGAGUUCUCUGCAGUACGGAACAGCCCCCCACCUUCCCUGCCUUGGGAACAGUGCACUCUCCUUUUGGUGACCUGGAUUGCAUGCGUAUACGGAGGCUGGGAGGGUUCAGGACCAUGUUCCCUUUCUUUAGUCACAUGUAUUCUAUUUGAAAAGCAUAAGAGCCAGAAAUACAAGUGUACCCUUCCUGCUGUGGGCCCAGACGUCUGUGAACACAUAAGUGACUGGGACCGGACACAGUGUGAUGGCUCCUGAGCUCACCUGGCUUAGAGGAUGCAGGUCACUUUAGGAAAUUCGGCAUUAGCACGCAUAAGGGGGAAGAUGCUUGGCAAAAUCCCCAGAUACCCUGCGGCUAGCACAUGGGGAAAUGAGCCAUAGCAAGGUCCCGAAAAUUACCCCUCCAGGCACAGGUGCCUAAAGCAGAAUGUCAGGUGGACAGAAUCUGUAUUUCCUGUUCAUGCACAAAUCACUUAGGAGGUUCCUCCGCCCUCCUGCUUUCUCUCCCCUCCCCUCCUCUUUAUCUUUUUUUAAAGAGCUUAAACUCCAAUCCCACUCCUUUCCUGGACCCUUAAUAAGCGAGCCUGUUUGUGUGUCUGGUUCUUUACAAGAAACCUGAAUUUUGAUUUCUGUGCUGGUCUUAGUCCUCAGCUGGUUUUUCAGCCCAAUAUCUAAGAAAACUCAAUCUGAAUGUCUUCAUCUUUUCCCUUAAGUAUGCCAAGUACCUCAGCUGAGAAGUCACAAGUUCAGGAAGAAAGGCUUGACUCAAACCAGUCAUCUUACUGGAAUUUGUCUCUGAACUCUUUAAAAACCAAAAUCCUGUGCUGCGGUGUCCAUGUCGCUGCCUGGGUGGUGUCCCUUUGCCGCCACAUGGAGCUAUGGGCUCUUCCCUGUGUUCCAGGCUCUUCCUUUGCAGCCUCUCCUCCUGUUAAUUAGCUGUGUCAGCGUUGGCAGGCACCUCUCUUCCUCCCCCCCGAUAUGCUGUGUUCUUAAGAAUUUUGGCGUCAUUUCUGAACAAAUGUCAUAUAGAUGGCACUAUGGAACUCAUGUCUAGAAAACUGGCUCUUAACAUAUGUUUAUCAAAUGUGUUGUGACUUUUCUGACACUAAAGCAAAAACAUGUUAAUCAGGAAUAAUUUAUUCUUUAUAUAAAAUGUUUGAGACUGUUUAGCCUUUUACCAGAAUUUCAUUUGGAAAAUAUCAGUCUUUCUACAGAUUUAUAACCUAUGUUCCUCUGAUUAUAACCUAAACCAUUUCUUAACCCUUUCAUUACUUAAGCAAAUAAUUCAGUUACAUUUUACUGUAUAAUAGAGUGGGCAUAUUUUUAUGAUCUAAAAUAAAAUAUUUAAUUCUCUAUAUGUGACUAAUAUACUUUUCUAUCUGUUCCAAUUGAAUGUGAAAACUAGAACAACUUCUGCCUACGCUGUAUUUCAACUAUUAUUCCCUCGAAUUGUGAAUGGUAACAUUGCUAUAUUAUUUUUUAAAUCUAAUACCUAAACAUUUGGAUUUGCAUAGAGGGUACGU